GAGUGAGAAGGAUUUGGCUGAGGUUGUACAUGAAGAUGUCCACUUUGCUUUCCCGAACGACACUUUGCUAUCCAAUGUUUCCACCCCAUCAGGAGGAAGCUUGAGCGCUUCGAGAAUCGGAAAAUCCGGUGGUAUGGAGUCUAGCUCGAAUAAUAUUUUACCGUGGUCGGUUGAUGUUAGCCGGGAAAACGAAACGGCCCCUUGGUUUUAUUAUCCUUUAAACGAGAGUCUGCAAGAUGAUACUAGUUACGACAUGGCGAGUACGGAAAACGAGAAACAUUUCCAGAACUUUCUGGAUCUUUUGGGGGGCCCUGCGAACCCUGUCGAGGCUAAAUUCACGAGUUAUGGUGAAAUUCCACCCGAGGAAAUCGUGGAGAAUCAAAUUGGCUUGGAUGGAGAUGAAGAUGAGAUGAUUGGAAUGAGUACUGCCAGCUUAGCUAAGUGGGUUCCAACCUCAAAUAACGACGGUGCCAUUGACCCUACCGGUUUUUCUUCCUCUGUGGGCUCUGGCAACAGUGGAGAUAGAGCUUCGUCCGGACAAACUCCAAGAAUAUUUGGUGGUAUGGAGGAGAAGGAUUUCGUGGAUGAGCAUAUUGAAACCGAAUCUGCGAUCGAGGAAAAAGCAAUCCGUGCAAAGGGAAUUAACGGAUCUAAGAGGGGACGAACUGCGGAAAUUCAUAACCUUUGCGAGAAGAGGCGAAGACGGAGGAUCAAUGAGAAAAUGAAUGCUUUCCUACAACUUGUACCCAAUUGCAGUAAGUCGGAUAAAGCAACCAUGCUGGAUGAAGCCAUCGAGUAUUUGAAGAGCCUUAAACAUCAAUUGCAGAUUUUGACUGUGGAAACUUCAUUAUAUCGGCUAAGAGCAGCGGCCCCGGACGGAACCCAGCCGGACCACCCCGCGCAUGUACUUCAAUUUUCGCAAACUGAUCCUGGCACGGGUUUCGUGACUCCACCGGGCCCCACUGAUACACCGGGCAUCUCGAAAACAGAUGGGUCGAGUCAA